AUGGAGUAUCUUGAUGAGAAGACUGAUAAGAAGUUAUUAUCUAGAGUUGGUAUACCUCCUGAGUAUAGAGCCAAUAUGUUGGUCAAUCUACUGCAUUAUUCAUCAGAAGAUGCUGAGAAAAGGUUAUUCCCAGCAGAGAAGGCAUUGAAGGAUGCCGUACUCUCGACACCAGCAUGGCAUCUACUUAAUGCUCGUACCUACCUCUAUCACUUCGCCUGGGAUAUGGCUUUAGAGGAGUGUGAAGAAUCUAAUGAGGUUAGACAGAAGUAUCAAAGAGAUCUUCAAGGCCAACUACAUACAUGGAGGGAUAGGCGUCUAGCCUCUGGUAUGAGAGGAGAUGUUAUGGAUGCAUUAACCUCAUGGCAAACAGCUGUUGAUGAAGAGAGGCUGAGGAUAAAGGAUGAUCCAAGAUUCUCUACGUUCUAG